GCGGAGGGCCGGGGUGGGCCCGGCGUCGCCAUGGCCUCCUGAGGCCCUCAGCGCCCCGGUGCCGGCGCCGGCCCGCCCGCGGGGCAGCGGGGCAGGGCCCGACUCGACCCUUCCGAGCCCCAACGGGCUGGGCCGAGACCAGCCCCGCCCGCCCCCUUCUGGGAGGUCUUGGCUUGUGGGUGACUCUUCAGCAAUCCCAACUGGAACCUCACAGGAGAAGGCACCAUGAUAGUGAUGACUGACGUCGCUGCUGCCCCCAGACUGGGGUCAACUGCUACCACUCCAGCUGCAUCUCCCAACUUCUCUUGGAUGCCAGAGGAUGGCAUCCCCACAGCUGUGGAGCAGCCAAUAUUCCUCAUGACCACCGCUGCUCAGGCUAUCUCAGGUUUCUUUGUAUGGACAGCUUUGCUCAUCACCUGCCAUCAGAUCUACAUGCACCUCCGCUGCUACAGCUGCCCAAACGAGCAGCGCUACAUCGUUCGGAUCCUCUUCAUCGUGCCCAUUUACGCCUUUGACUCGUGGCUCAGCCUCCUGUUCUUCACCAAUGACCAGUACUAUGUUUACUUUGGGACAGUGCGGGACUGCUAUGAAGCCUUUGUAAUAUACAACUUUCUCAGCCUCUGCUAUGAGUACUUGGGAGGGGAGAGCUCCAUCAUGUCUGAGAUCAGAGGGAAACCAAUUGAGUCCAGCUGUGUAUACGGGACUUGCUGCCUGUGGGGAAAGACCUAUUCAAUUGGAUUCCUGAGGUUCUGCAAACAGGCUACCCUGCAGUUCUGUGUGGUGAAGCCCCUCAUGGCGAUCAGCACAGUCAUCCUUCAGGCCUUUGACAAGUACCAGGAUGGUGACUUUGAUGUAACCAGUGGCUACCUCUACGUGACGAUCAUCUAUAACAUCUCUGUCAGCCUGGCAUUGUAUGCCCUUUUCCUUUUCUACUUUGCCACACGUGAGCUGCUCAGUCCCUAUAGUCCAGUCCUCAAGUUCUUCAUGGUGAAGUCAGUCAUCUUCCUGUCCUUCUGGCAAGGGAUGCUGUUGGCCAUCUUGGAAAAGUGUGGUGCCAUCCCCAAGAUCCACUCUGCCACUGUGUCCGUGGGUGAAGGCACAGUAGCUGCUGGGUAUCAGGACUUCAUCAUUUGCGUGGAGAUGUUCUUUGCAGCCAUCGCCCUGCGCCAUGCCUUCACAUACAAGGUGUAUGUGGACAAGAGACUUGAUGCUCAAGCUGUUCCAUCAUACGGGCCAUACGGUCGCUGUGCUCCCAUGAAGAGCAUCUCCAGCAGUCUCAAGGAGACCAUGAACCCCCAUGACAUUGUCCAAGAUGCAAUCCACAACUUCUCCCCAGCUUACCAGCAGUACACUCAGCAGUCAACGCUGGAGCACGGUCCCCCCUGGCGCAAUGGCAGUCACAUUAUCUCGCGCUCCCACAGCUGCUCGGGCACCCGUGACAACGAGAAGACCCUCUUGCUGAGCUCUGAUGAUGAAUUCUAGGAGAGGAAACUGCCAGCAGAGGCUGUCAUUUUCCUUCUUAUCUUGUUUUUUCUAUUUUUUUUUUAAUUUAUUGAAGCAGAAACUCAAAAGUCGUAUCACUUCCUAGAGAGUGCAGAUUGCAGAAAUGGGUGCUUCCCAUUAGCUUUUGUGGGUACAGACACAAUGAGAAGUGUGGAGGUGAGGGAAUGGCCUGGACUCCAUUCUUGAGCCCAUUCCUUACACGAAUUAACUGAAGUGAAGUUCCAGGAUUUGGGGCUCUGGCUUGCCACACCUGCCUAGUAUGGUGUGGAGUAGGACUGACCAGAGCCUGGAGUUGUAGCCAAAAAUGUUUUGGUUUUUUCCAAUUGGACAACCUGACUGCUUUGUAUUCCUUUUCCUGAAUGGCUGAUGUAGGCAGUUUUGUUCCCCAGCUCCUUGGUACUAACUUCUCUGUGGUCCUUGGGAAAGGGGAUUAGGAUGCAGUGAUUCCUGAGGACCAGCCUGGGGAUUGGUCUCUCUCUAGCCAUUGACUUGGACACUUAGUCAGGUACAUCUUCCCCACCCUCCUAAGCACCUGAUUGUGCAGUCCUGUACUUGAGUGAACAAGGGGGAAAAGGGCAGGACUUCCUUCCUGUUUCUCCUCUCCCAGGAUCUCCCCUGCUCCCCAUCAAAGCUGGUGCUUGCUGAAGCUCAGGAGGAAUUGAAUUACUGUUUCAAGGGCAGGGUUUUCUAAUCACCAGCUAUCCCAGCUUCCCAUCUCCCCUGCGACCCUCCUCACUGGAGGGUCUCUUUUACUAACAGGACUGAAGACUGGCUGUGAUAGGCGGUUGAAAAUUGGUAGAGCUCUGGCCUUUCCACCCCUCUUUGGGAAAGGAAGAUACGUAAACACUAAAACAUUUUUUCUUCUUGUUUACUGUCCCCCAGCAACUUAGCUGCCCCUCUUAAAGGUGUGCAUUGCAACAGGUAGCUGCCAGAGCAGGUCCAGGUCUCUCACAGGUCACUCUCCCCAUGCUCAUCAUCACUGACUUUCCCUGUGAACUGCACAAGUUUUGCCCUUAGGCUGGAGUAUUCAGGAAGGGACAUUACUCACUUCUUUUGCUUUUUAUCACUAUAGCUGUUACAGGCCAAACUGGAGCAGACUUGAAAUCUAACAUAACCUGCCUGGCUAAAAUUGUCCUUAGUUUUACAGGCAGCAGUUGCUGCUGCUACUGCUGCUGCACAUUGUCAUAGGCCCUGCAGCAACUGCAGUGCUAUCAAGGAUGAAUCCAGCAUCUGUGGGAGUGGGAAAAUGAAGCUUUUGUUGGGUUUGGGAUUGCCCCCUAGGUAUUUACUGGAGUUGAAAUGAAAAUGAUCCCUCUGUACAUCUCUCCAGGAAAUGCCUCAUGCUUGCUUGCUUAAAAUUGGCGAGGAGAGGAUGUGGGAGCACGCUCAAGUGCCAUAGGUCAGGUGCCCCUACCCCCAAGCAAGAAGCAAAAUGGAGAGGUUGGAGCAAGCUGCUGUGUUCUGCUUGGCUGUAGUUUCUCUGUUCCUCUUCUGCUUGAUGCCUCCCCUGCCAUCAACAGACCUGCACAUUUUCAAAUUGCCCCUCAAUGCUCACUAGGAGAACUGGUGUCUGGUUUACUGCCUGAGGUUUAGCUUCUCUCUUGUAUCCUAACCUACGUGCUUGCACAGCCACUUUCUCAGAAGUGACUGUGAGACAAGAGCUCCUCAUUUCCUCAGUGCCCCUUCCAGAAGUGUGGGCUCAGGAGCAGGGGAGAGGCAGGUUUGCUUUCUGUUGUGAGGGUAAGAUAGGGGAAGGCUUAAGAACAUUGUCUCCUUCCAUACUUGCCUUUCUAGGGAGAUGAUGAAGCAGGUGGGAGCAAUGAGCCUGACCCUUGAGGGAGCUGGAGACAGGUUCAAUGGAUCCAGCAGCUUCUCUGCUGCUGGAAUUCCCCAUUUGCACACAUCUGGUGAUGCCGUGCAGUUUCUUAAUGCUUUCCAAAAUUUGCUUAAAUGGAAAUGCAAUUGCUAUCUGCCAGGCUUUGUGUGGGCUUGGUAUAAAACCCCUCCUCGUGUCAUAAACCAUCCGGAAGGCAGGGCUUAAGAUGGAAAGGGCUGUCCUUCCAUGGCUUUGAUGAUAGUCCUUCAGCGUGAGGUAUGUAUCUGAAACUUUCCCUCUUAGGGAAGUGGGACAUGGGACAUGAUCCCUUCCUCCCUUUCCUUGAAUUUGCAGGCCUUGAUAACAUCCCAGUGUCACUUAGCUGGUGGCUAUCCCCAGCCUUUGUUGCUCUGGGUGGCCAAGAUCUGAAAUCUCUGGGCUUGCCCCAUGGAGCUUGAAGAUAAUACAGGCUUGGGGAAGCAUUUUUUAAAAAUUAUUUUUAAAUGUAUGCUGCAUAUAUAUGCUGUGCAGAGGAUCUGGAUAUUCUCAAAGCUUCCUGUAUGUAGUGGUUAAAGUAUAAAUAACCCUCUUGCACUAGCUGCCUUUGGAAAAGCCUGGUGAAGAACUAGCACCCAAACAACAGCCAGCUGCCAUGCAUUAUAAUUUUAUAUAUAAUAUAUAUAUUUUUAACACCACACAAAAUUGUCUCUGAGCUUCCUGCUCUCCCUCACAACAGGUAACUGCCAGAGCAAGGACUGGCUCUGAAGCUGCUCUGGCUUGGAGAAACAAAUACACAACCCAGAGCUUGAGACCAAGGAGGCCAAGGUAUCCCUGGUCUUGCAGGUCUGCUUGCAGUAACCCAGGGCCCCAACAAACAUGUUGGUUCCAGGAGUAGGCCCUUGGAGCUGCUCUCCCUCACCUGCUUCCCCUUUCCUUCCUUCCUUUUUGUUUACCAUGUAACAUACCCAUGGGAUUUGUUUAUUAUUUUUCCAUAUAGAGUAGUUCUUUGUAUAUAAACAACUGAAAAAAGAAGUAUGAUAAAUAAGACAGAGUCACCUAGUUUUGUACCUAUUGUGUUUAACUGAUGUGAGCUCAGCAACAAGCCGCUCUCUCUAUUUUGGUCUUUGUGACGUUAUACUCUGCAAAAAUGAGCAAAUAUGAUGACAAAUAAAAAUAUAGAGAUAAUAUAGAUUGUA